AGAAAACAACCAGUCAGUUAGUCGUUGGAAAAACUUCGCCCGUGGAAGUGAUCGUUGUUCGAUCGAAGCGCAAGUCGGAAGUUGAAUCGUUUCUGUACGAAUUGAUACCGGUUAUUUUUGUUUUGAAGCUGUUUUCACGUUAUUUCGUGGGUUCUUCUGUGUUUAAAGCUGUUCGUUUUUUCGAGUUACGGUUUUGUUUCACUACACCUGAAGCAUCGCAGUUCGAGUAACUGGAAUUUCAUUGAAACGAUACAAACUAGUCGUCAGUAUUAUCUAGAUACGUGAUGCCAUUGUGGCUGAAUGUGCGUGAAUACUAUUUGUAAGGCUUCACGUUUCAAGGCGCUACAUAUUCGUAAAGAAAGUGUAGGGCAAUGAACGCGAAAAUAUCCAUAAUAGUGAAUGGUUCAGCAUGUUUGAGUAACGAUGGAUUACUUUAGUAGGAAAAAACAUAGGCAUUAUUUGCUGAUAUUUAAUUGGAAAAUAAUGUCCAACAUUUAUGUGCACAAGGUCAAGAAAGGAAUACACAAAGUGAUCUACGAUAAACUGUACUUCAACUGUUCGACGAUCAGAAAGAUGCAUUACGAAGAAGUUCCUGGUGCCUCCGAUACCAACUAUAACGGAAGUCAUUUCUAUCACCAUCACCAGCAUCCACCACCCGAUAGUCUCGGUAGUCCAGGAAGCGAUGCCGUAAUGAUAAAAAUUGACGUCCCUGUGGUACUCCGCGAUGAACAGCGCUUCCCAAAGGAGAUCGGGAAAACGGUUUUGGCACUAUUCAUGUUGGUUUCUAACUUUCUCCUUGCAACGGUUUCACUAUCGCUGGUUCACGAUCGAGUGCCGGAUCGGGAUAGCUAUGGACCCUUACCGGAUGUUGUGUUAGAUAACAUGCAACCUCUCGAGUGGGCUUUAGAUGUCAGUGAAAUUCUCAUCAUGGUAGUGGUAAAUUCAUGCGUUUUACUGGUUACUUUUCACAAACAUAGAUUCAUAGUAAUGCGAAGAAUUUUUCUACUGAUGUCGGUGUUGUACUUUAUGAGGUCAAUAACCAUGUACGUGACUGUGUUACCAAUUUCAAGUACCACCUACUACUGUAGCCCGAAGGCCAAUGGAACGGCCUCCCCGUUGGUGAUCAUGAAACGUGCCUUUCAACUCUUUUCCGGUUUCGGUCUAUCGAUCAACGGCAAGCAUACUUAUUGCGGUGAUUACAUAUACAGUGGCCAUACAGUGACGUUGGUGAUGGGAUAUUUGAUUAUCGCUGAAUAUUCACCAAAGAAAUUUUGGAUUAUACAUUGGCUGGUGUGGUGUGCUAGUUUGACCGGUGUUUCGAUGGUUCUUCUUGCGCACGGUCACUAUACAGUCGAUGUACUGAUAGCAUACUACGUGACCACGCGUCUUUUCUGGACCUACCACACGUUGGCUAACAAUAGUCUCCUGCUGAAGCAAAAUGGCAGCAACUACAUAGGCCGAGAAUGGUGGUUCUUCAUCUUUCGCUAUUUUGAAAGAAAUGUUCGUGGUCCGGUUCCACUGCAGUAUGACUGCCCAUUGCCCAUCCCUUGGCCAAGAAAAACUACAAAGUUGCCAGGACGAGAAAGUUGAUAAACGAACAGAAGAAAUAGAAAGACCAGAACAGUGCAUCGACUGAUUUUUUGCCAGUGAUAAUACCGUCCCGGUUCAAAUGGUCGAAAAGAAAUUACAAACUAAAUAAGGAAGCAGCCAAUUCAGACGCAUAAGACUUGAUCAAUCCAGAUUAUAGACCUAUUAGUAGUUUGUUUUGAAACCCUAAAGUCGUUUUAGGACGAAAAUGUAAGUAGAAAGCAGUUAAAAUAGAACAAUUAACUGAAUCAAAACCUACAAGAACCUAAGAUUUAGGACGCAGCUUUUAUGUACAGAAUAGUUUUACAAAUACCUAUCGAAAAACAAGAGCUGCCUUCAAAAGAAUAAAAGAAACAGGUAAUUUAGGAAUCAAAACGAAAUAUGUGAUAAUCGUUAGACGAGUAUUUUUACUGUAGGUAUUAAGUUGAGCAUAAGGCAAAGUUCGCUGGCGGAACUGUUUUAUCCGCGCUAGUAAUAUUUAGUCAAAGUUGUUAGAAGUAUUGUCAGCUUGUUAUUCUUCUCGUGCAAUCAUUGUUACGUAACAACUAUACCGUACAACUUGCAAUGAAAGUAAUGAAUGAAUCUCAGAGUGGACCAAUAGCUCUUGAAGUGCCUUUAGAUAAAGAAUAAAAGACACAAUAUAUAAAAAAAUAGCA